ACCCACGUGUAACUACAGCAUUAGAAUUUUAAUCAUUUCCAUUUAGGUACGGCAAACCUCACUGUCUACUCUGCGCUGUCAAGGGAAUGGCUGCCGGCAACUUGAGGCUUGAGGUUUUGUGCCUAUUGAUAGCAGUAGUCGCAGUUACAAAUGCAACAAAUUACUUUCAUGAAUUUGGUAAUUUCUCGAGAGGAGAAGAAUCUUUCCAAAAAAGGGGAAGCAUUUACUCAUUCAGUUACAAGAAUUGGUUUGAGGUUCCUGAAAUGAAGAAUAGGUUGAUCACUGGUAUCAAAGUAAUCGUAAGCGGGGGCGCAACUCCAGAUGUGUGGUAUAGCAGGCCGUGGGUCUACAUCUACUACUAUUUUCCGCAAAUAACCGUCAGCGAUUACGCAAUCUUCGCUAAAUCUGUGCCGUGUCGUCCUUGCCAAAGGACCCUGCCCAAUGAUGCUUCGAAUGGUGAAGACUUCAUUGUUGAUGGAGAAUUAUAAAUAUAAUAGAUAAAUAUUA